CAAGACGACUUGACAAGAGGACAAGCUGCCCAAUUCUUGCCUGAUCCCGGCACAGUUCGACUCUCCACUUCGUGCACCACACAUCACAUUUCCUCAGCUCCCCGGCUACCCACCUGCCUCGGCUGAACGACACCACCGUCGUUCAACUGCGUCCCCAGCCUUUCUCCAUCCUUCCCAAGCGGACCGACCAGACACUAUGUGCGACUACACCCAACGAGAGUACUCGUGCGGCCACUUCCGGUGGAUCGCAUCCAAGUGGUGCCGCGACUACACCAUCACCCACAAGAGGUGUCAGCCCAACGUCACCCACUUCGAGUACCGGGCCGAGGAGCUCUGCGGCGAGUGCAAACCGAAGGAGUACCCGCCGUGGGAGAACCUGAUCAAGCGCCCCAAGCAGCGGACCUACUAAAAGCGUUGGCCCCACGCCUGGGGACCGGAGAUGGGGAGGGAAGCAGCGGCGCCGUGAAAUGGAACCAUGUUCCUGUCCCGAGGGAAGGUGGACAACAACCGGCCGGGACGGAUGCACAUCACCAGCACUCCAACCGCCGUGAACGAGCACGCACCACACUACACCAACAGCCGACGAGCCGUGCUCGAAUCGCACGCGCAGCUCAACGCGGCGCGCGACACGCCCAAAGCGAGCGGAGCUGAGGCACUGCAGCACCACAGCGAAUCCCCCGCGCCCCCUGACACACACAACCUCGAUCGAUCUGGCUGCGAGUCAGCC